GGUGUCCUGCGUGAUGUGUCCCGCUUGCACACCAUCUCCAUCACCUCCGCGAGUCAGCCCACACUCAGGGCAUCGCUCCAGUCGCACCUCAGCCACACAGACUGCAGUAUCUGUGAUGAAUACAAGCGCUGGCAAACCCUCCGAACCACAAUCUGAAAUGAGUUUUUUUAAGCAAAACCAAACCUUCAGCUGACACAGAAAACUCACUGAACUUGUUGGCAAGCCCACGAAUACGUGCACACACGUUACCUUAUGAGUCAUGGCAGGAUGAAUAAGUGUGGGCGGAACCUAAAAAAGAAAAGUUAAUGGAGAAUACGUGGGUCAAACCAAGAAAAAAAGAGAAGGAAAUAACGACUAUGCUAUCAGGGCUGACGGACACCUUUACCUCCCCCCAGCUCCACGCCUCCCCUCCCCAACACACACACACACACACACACACACACACACACACACACACACACACACACACACACACACACUACGUCUUCCUCCUAUCCUGUCCAUUCUGUUUAUGCUAGGGCCACGCCCGCUGCUGCUGCUCACGAUGACCACCAAGACGAUGAUCUGCAGUACUAUGGCUUCUCAAUCUGUGGAUGGUCACACAUUUGCGCUGAAAGGAUGUCGUCCUGUUGAUCGGCGGCGGUGAGAGCCAUGGCCACCGUUUUCACUCCUGCUGCUGCUGCUGCUGCUGCUCAUGAUAACGACCGUGACAAUUAUCCGCAGUUCUAUACAAUGAAUGGUCACUCCUCUGCGCUGAAAGGAUGCCGUCCUGCUGAUCGGCGGCGGAAUCCGGAGAGCGUGCAACAUGAGUUGACACAGUCUGCUGCGACGGGUCAUGUGCCGGUUACUUGUGCUCUUGCUGCAGGACCAGUUACUUAUGCUCUUACUGCUCCUGGAAGUAGCAGAGGCCGGCCUGCGAGGGACUGCUUCCUAGUGGUGACGGCUGCCAUGGCCGCGGCAAUUGCCGCGGCUGCGGAGGAGGAGGCGAUCAUACGGCAGAGGUUGCUGACGAGGACGACUGUGACACGUGGCGAGCCGCCGUUGCGUAAGCUGUUGAAGCGUUUCACGGCUUUCGCGGCUGCUGUGGACAAUGAGAAAACUUCGGUCAAGGAUUGCGCCAAGGCCUGCGAGGCUUUCCUGAGAGAGCUGGACUUUUAUUAUCUCUCUUUGGAGAGGACUGAUUCCGUUAAAGAUGCAAACAAAAGAGAGCAACAAAACUUUGUCAAGCUGAGGGAGAUACUGGCGGGGUCGAUCGAGAGCGAGCAGGCCGAGAUCGAGUCGCUGAAGUUGCAGCUAGAAGACGCCAAGCUGACGCGACAACACAAGGAAGAGUGCGAGGCAAUCCGACGGUUGAUAGCCGCCGAGCCAGCGAGAGAGGUGUCUCAGAAAGCCAUCUCCGUUCUCGAGGCAGACAUAGCCGGGCUUGAGAGGGAAUGCCUUUCCAUAACGAAGACGCUCGACUUGCGCAGAAAGCAAUUCGCUCUUCUUCUACACGCUGUGGAGGAGCUGCAGAGUGAAAUCGGGAUCGGACCUCAAUCAGAAGAUGCCACGUCAUCGGCGGGUCUCGUGGCGCCUAGUUCGUUUGCUUCCGCCCUUCCGCCGACCGCGGCGCAGGGUUCCGCAGGGCCGCCCGCGCAUCCGCCUGGCGCUGUAACUGUUAUCGAUGUCCCCGACGAUGACGUGGGCGCGACUCCCAUGGACGCCAGCUAGCAGCAGCAGCGUUCAAGACUGGCAUUCAUUGCACAGCCCGGAGGGCGUUGAGCGAAGGUAUAGGUAUAGGUAUAGGUAGUGACAGGCCCGAGGUCGGCGGGUCCGGCUGGUCACUUGCAGUAGCCAUGAGCUAUUUGUGUCUGUCUUUUUUUUUUUUUGUGGCAAUGCUGGUGUCAACUGCGAUGGUGGUCCCGGUUCGCAGAGACCCCCCUGUGAUAUUCAGAAUAUUCAGAGACCCUAGGAAUAGCCGGAGAGUUUUAAAGGGUUAUGAGGUGAGAUGAAUUUGUGAACCAGUUCACAUGUGGUGGGAUUUGAAGAAGAGAGAGAGAGAGAGAAAGAGCAAAUGUUGAAGGUUUUGAUCUGUCUUAAUAAUGUCAUUUUUGCAACAACGACAACAACAAAAAAGAAGUAAUGUUAGUUUUGCAUCCAUGGCGACAUUCGCUGUUGGGAUAUGCAACAACGACAACAAAAAAAAGAAGUAAUGUUCGUCAGUCAGCAAGCAAGUUUGAACUUUGAAUGAAUACAUAAGCAAAUG